GUUCCGGCAGACUCGUGGCCCAGGACCAUGGGGUCCUUGACAACAAAGUGACCGAUGGCGCCGUGCACCCAGUAGUGGACGUCUGAGCCACAGAUUCCGGUGUAGUUUACCGCGACGAGGACGUCGUUGGGGUCGGAGAUGGUGGGCUUGGGACGCUCCUCAAAGGUGACAUCUCCGGGCUUGUUGAGAACGAAAGAAAGGUUCUGUUCCGUUUGGGCCAGUCGUCAGUUCCAAUCCUCUAUCUUCUCAACACCAAUCGCCUCUCCGUUGGGUGAGUCCUCUUACGCUGAUCGCAUCCUUGUUAAUCGUUUGAGUCGCCAUUUCAAACAGUGCUGGAUUCAAUGAGCAAACAAUUGAACUUUGGCGGGGUAGCUCAGCAAGAGAUCCUCAGUCACAAUGCCGUUGAAACAGAGUUGAGCGAGGAAGAAAAAUCCUCUCGCAGCCAGAUGGCAAUUCCAUUAUAUACGCAAUCCCUCAUCCCCGCAUUGGGAUUCAGCCAUAUGACAUUUUCCAUCCGCGACGAGUUUCUUCCCAACCGACGCCCCACGAUAGCUAAUUGGAGAAUCACGGAUCACGCUGCCAGGAGCGUUACUCCGUAAGCCUAAGCUCAUCUCGAAGGACCCCGCGCAGUGCUACUCUGCGCGCCUAGUAUUUUGGCAGAGACUCCAGGUUCCUGCGCGACAGGAACUUUCAACACUAUUUGCGGCGCAGCCCACAAUUAUAAGAGGACCAAUGGCAAUUUAACCGGUGACAAUAGCCGCGCCAAUGGGAGAAGCGCUGGACAAAUACUGGAGAUUCCGUCGCCAGCGAUUUCGGUGGUGUAGUUAGGCACACAUUUGUUUUUUCUUGCCAAACCACGUGCUGUAGCAAGUGCAAGUGUUGGGAAUUAAGAUAGCAUGACCAUGGG